GCAUGCCAGGAGUAAACAUGGCGGCGCCUAGUGAUCUGGCAGACAGCGGGAGUACCGAAGAGAAUAUCCUAUACGAUCUUCUGAUAAACACCGAGUGGCCGCCGGAGCCCGAUGUCCAGCCUCGAGGUAAUCGUGAACAUGGAGCGUCGUUUGUCCUCACAAAGGCCAUUACAGGUCCAGCAUUGUAUAUGCUACAGUACAUCUGGUACAGCCCAGCAAAAUUCUCUCUCCCUUUGGGGCUUGUGCGCUUAAUCCAUAAGCAGAUCAGCUGGCAGCUUGUUCUGACAAGUAAUGGAAAGCUUUUGGCAGCAGUUCAGGACCAGUGUGUGGAAAUUAGGUCUGCAAAAGAUGACUUUGGCUCAGUUAUAGGAAAAUGUCAAGUUCCCAAAGACCCAAAUCCUCAGUGGCGAUGUGUGGCAUGGAGCCAUGACUGCACGUUAGUGGCUUACGGUGAGAGCACAGGGACCGUCAGACUGUUUGAUCUCACGGGAAGUGAGCUCUUUGUCAUUCCACCGCAAACCAGCUUCCCUGGGGACCUGAGUUAUGCGAUUGCUGGUCUGGUCUUUCUAGAGUACAAAGCAAGCGCACAGUGGUCAGCCGAACUCCUGGUGAUCAAUUACCGCGGACAGCUGAAGAGUUACCUAGUCAGUGUUGGUGCCAACCAAAAUUUUCAAGAAAGCCACAGCUUCAACUUUGGAUGUCAUUAUUUCCAGGGAAUCUCCUCUGUGGUUUACCACACCGGGCACAGGCUUUUGCUAGUCGGAGGCAGCGAGACAAAUGAAGAUGGAGUGUCUGUAUCAACGCAACGUGGGCUGACAGCCUGGAGGGUGCUCUCCGGCUCCCCCCACUACAAACAGGUCACUAAUUAUGAGGACGACGUGGGCACGGCGCUGAAGAGAAAAGGAUUCUGGAGGAUUAUUAAGGCACGAUUAUCUAGCAGACACGGAACUGAACAGGAUGGAAUUUUUAAGAUGAGUCUCUCCCCGGAUGAAACACUCCUGGCUGCUAUCCAUUUCUCGGGUAAACUGUCUGUCUGGGAGAUGCCAUCCUUGAGGCUGCAGGGAGAGUGGGCUCAGAAUGAGCAGCCCAGCUAUGAUGAGAUCAACCCUGAUUGGAGGAGCUCUGUGGAGAAACGGAAAAAGAUGAAAGAUAAAGAAUCCUAUUAUGCGUUGAUGGACAUAAAUUGGUGGGCGGACAGCGCUGUGAUUUUGGCUCGUUGCUCCGGUUCUCUGACUGUGUCCUCUGUGAGAACUUUAAAAAAUUUGCUGGGGAAGUCCUGCGAAUGGUUUGAACCCUCUCCACAGUUGACCGCCGCUCACGAUGGAGGCUUUCUUGCCCUGGAGUGUGAGGUGAAAUCGGUCCCCAAGAGGUCUCGCCUGGAGAGCAGAACGGGAGAAGACGAGUAUGGCGAUGAAGAUUCUGACUGCGAUGAGGAGAUGUCCGCCAAAGCCAGAUACUUCGCUUAUAUCAAACAAGGACUUUACUUUGUCACAGAGAUGGAACGAUUUGCUUCUCCUCGCAAACGUCCUCGCACCAUCACUAAAACCUACCGGCUCGUGAGCCUGAGGUCAACAACUCCAGAGGAACUCUACCAGAGAAAGAUCGAUAAUGAAGAGUAUGGAGAAGCUUUGUCAUUGGCUCAUGCCUAUGGCCUGGACACGGAUCUGGUCUACCAGAGACAAUGGAGGAAGUCUACUGUUAAUGUAGCCACUAUUCAGGACUACCUGAGUAAGAUAAAGAAGCGGUCCUGGGUUCUACACGAAUGUCUUGAACGGGUUCCUGAGAAUGUGGAUGCCGCCAAGGAACUGCUAAUGUUUGGCCUGAAAGGGACAGAUCUGGAGGCCAUGAUUGCCAUUGGGAAAGGAGAAGAUGGUGGAAGAUUUAUUAUACCUGGGGAUAUAGACAUUGAUGAUGUUGCAUAUGAAGACUUCCUUUCUCCAGAAGAAGAAGCAGAAUACAGAAAAGAGAAAGAAGACCAGAGGAGGAAAGACCUUCUUCAGCUGGUGGAUUUUGACAACCUAACACUUGAACAGAAGGAGAUCUGCCGUUGUAGGCUAAAGUUACUGACAUACCUAGAUCGCCUGUCUACAUAUGAGGAGAUCCUCGGGGGGCCUGAGGCAGCGGAGAGGAGAUACGACGCCGACUUCUUCAAGAAGUUUAGAAACCAAAAUAUCGUGCUGUCAGCAAGAACAUAUGCUCGGGAAAGCAAUGUACAGGCCUUGGAUCUUCUGUUCACCUUCCACGGCUCUGAUCUGCUUCCUCAUCGCCUUGCCAUUCUUUCUAACUUUCCGGAGACCACAUCCCCCCACGAGUACGCCUUCCUGCUCCCUGAAGCUAGCUUUGAAGAUGGCGAGCUUAAGAUUGUCGCAUGGAACGAGCAGAAGCACCGUGACAGAGACUGGUGCGAGGAACCCCAGUGCAAGUUAAUGGUGGAACCCAGUUUACCAGACUUGGCUGAAUUUCUAUAUGAGGAACAGCCUGAAUUACUGGUGCACAGAACAGACAACUUAUCAAUUGAUACAGUGACAAAAUGGUACUGGAAUCGAUCAGAGGAGAUUGAAAAUUAUGCCAGACAGGUGGAUGGCGCCCUCUCCUUGGUGCGUCUGGGAAAGGAGAAGAGAAUACCGGGCUUGCAGCUGCUGACUGAUGACUUGGUCACAUUGGAGACUCUUGCUUAUGAAGCGAAUUGUGAUGUAUCAUUAACUCUCAAGGAUCUGCAGCAGAUCAAGGACAUCGACAAGCUGAGACUUCUUAUGGAAAAUUCCUCAGGAGAUCAGUACGUGAAGAACGCCUACCAGUGGAUGGUCCCCUUCCUCCAUCGCUGUGAGGCUCAGACCCCGGGGUCAGCUAAUCCUCUCCUAAAAGAAUACAUAGUAACCAUGGCCAAGGAUGACCUCAAGUUUCCUCUGAAGAUCUUUCAGAAUUCUAAACCCGAUUGGCCGCAGAAGCUAAUUCCUAAUCAGGACCAGCUUAUGGUCAUAGCUCUGGAAUCCAUCUACACUUGUGAGCGAGAUAACCAACUGUCCCUCUGCUAUGACAUUUUGGAGUGUUUGCCCCAGAGGGGUUAUGGCUCAGAGACAGACAUAACAAAAUCCUUGCAUGACAAGGUGGAUCAGCUGGAACAAAUCCUCAGUGUGUCAGAGAUCUUGGAGAAGCAUGGACUGCAGAAACCCAUAUCAUAUGUCAAAGAGACCCAGUCAAGUGUGGAAGAUGCUCACAAGCUGAUUGUACGUCUCACCCGUCACACUGGUCGAAAGCAGCCUCCAGUCAGUGAGAGUCACUGGAAGGGUCUCCUUCAAGAUAUACUGGAAAUGCAGCAGAAUGUGUACAAAUGCCUGAGUGCUGAUGUCUGCUAUGAGAUUUUUGCAGAUAGUUUGCUGUGUUCGAGUCGCAAGGAGAACAUCCAGCUGGCUGGGCAUAUGAUGCAUUGCAAUGUGACUUCCAUAGACCUCCCUGUAAGCAUCAGCUCUAAAGGCAAAGUGAUGUAUAGAGUGAAUUAUGAGAAGAGUGUAGAGCUGGUGCUGGCUGCCAGUAGAGAAUACUUCAACUCAUCUGCUACCCUCACAGAUACCUGCAUGGACCUUGCCAGAAGCUGCUUACAACUGAUCACUGACGGCCCUGACACCAUUCAGGAGGAGUUAGAUUUGAUUCGAUCUUUAAGUUAUUUAGAAGAGUUUGGAGUAAAGAUUCUUCCUCUACAAGUGCGUUUGUGUUCGGAUCGCCUUAGCCUCAUCAAGAAGUGUAUUUCUCAGUCUUCCACCAGCUACAAGCAGGCACCCAAGCUUCUGUCGCUGGCUCAUCUAUUGAGGGUUGCAGGAAAUGAAGAGAUGGAGAGGAAAGGUCAAGUUCUUACACUUUUAGCUGAGCAAGCGCUUCAGUGCCAAGAUUACAAGGCUGCCAAUGGGCACUGCCAAGAACUCAUGGUCACAGGGUACAGUAACAGCUGGGAAGUGUGCAGUAAACUGGGACAGUGUGAGAACUAUGAUGACCUGGGAACACGGCAAGAGCUUAUGGCAUAUGCUUUGACUCAUUGUCCUCCAUGUGCCAUACAGGCAUUGCUUUCUUCUAGCAGCUCCUUACAAACACAGAUUCUCUAUCAAAGAGUAAAUUACCAGAUUCAGCCGGGUGAUGGAGACGGGAUGGUGAAUUCACAACACUUUGGACCUGCUGUGCCUGCUGCCAAAGACACCUGUCCGGCUGAUUUAAAGGCUGCUUCUGCCCCGUCUGUGGAUUUGCUGCAUCGGACAACAGCCACAACAAUGAAAGUCAUCACUAACACAACCCUAACGACUAAAGCUGUGUUGCAUGCGGUCAGUGAUGGACAGUGGUGGAAAAAGUCACUAACAUACCUGCGUCCCCUGAAUGCUCAGGAGCAGAGCGGCACACCAAAGGAUACCAAGGGAUCGAGCGCAGCAGGAGUUAAUCAGGGCUGCCAUCCUUUUUAUGAGUCUUUAAUUGUCAAUCCUUUUAUUGCUGAAGGUGGAGCUUCAUACACGACAUACCAGCACAGUUCCCAGGAAAGCUUUGCCGAGGUGCUCCUGAGCACAGGAAAAUUAGCCGAGACAAAGAGCGAGGGGGACAGCCUGUUCCCAGCAACAGAAGUUUUGCUGCAGCUGGCGAGUGACACUUUGCCGAACGACCUCACUCUGUCUGUGGCCUAUCUGCUCGCUCUUCCACAGGUCCUAGAUGCCAACAAGUGCUUUGAAAAGCAAUCGCAUUCAGCUCUGUCUCUCCAGCUGGCAGCUUAUUACUACAGCCUGCAGAUCUAUGCCCAUUUGGCACCCUGCUUCAAGGACAAGUGCCAUCCUCUCUACAGGGCCGACCCAAACAUGCUCAUCAAGAUGGUUACCAAAUAUGUGUCCGAUUACGCCAGCUCCAACUGGCCAAUAGAGCUGGUGCCCCUGAUUGAACAGCUGCACUACUAUAAUGAGAGGUUGGUGGACUUCACCCAGGCACAUACCCUGCAGGGUCUUGGAAAAGGAGUAGAUGUGCACAGGUUCUCAACCGACAGCCAGUACAAGACGGAAACCAUCCUGGGUCUAGCUGAGACGCUGGAAGAGAAUGUGUACAAGAUUUCCCUGUCCCUGGCACAGCGUUACCAAGUGCCUCUUUGGGAGGUUUACAUGACACACUUGGAAUACUUGUUCUCUGACAGUGGGUUGGCUACAGCAGAAAUUGAGGCUCGGGCACAAUCUCUCAGACUGUUUGAGACUUUGAAAACUGACCCACAAUUGUUUUAUGAGCACAUGGCGAAAUACGUGUAUCCCACCAUUGAAGGCCGAGACCUUCAGCGGCUACUCUACUAUUAUACUCUCCUGGAGCAGUGCGGCUGUUCCCAGUAUGUUACCCACGCUAUCAAGCCUGAGUGUCACGUGAAACUCCUGAAGAAACUGAAAGCAGUGGCUCAAGGUCUGGAUUACAAAAAGAUGUCCGAGUCUAGUUCAAGCCCUCUAAAAGCUCUGGAGCCCGUCCUCACCAGUCAUAAUGUGUUGGCCAUUUCUAAACUGGCUUCCAGAAUCCCGGAGCUGGAUGGCACCAUGCUCUCUCCCAGCUCUGUGCAUGCUACGUGGCUGAAGAAACUUUUUUGGAAUGGUGACCCUCAACUACUAAAGAAAGUCCCACAAACUGCCAAUGAAUGGAGCCAGGCAUAUGACAUCUGCAAGAAAUACUUUGACAGGCUCAGCCCCAGUGAUAUAAUUGUUUUCACUGACGAGAUCACCUUUUCCUCACGUGCUAUCAGCCAGCUGAGUGUGGAGGCUCGGACGGAGAUGACUAAGAAAAUGAUAGCUACUGUGAAACAAUUUAUGGACAAACAAAAAAAGAAGAAUGCUGGAGAAGCCACAGAAUGGUCCUCUGUCACUUACAGCGUGGCAUCAAGUCAUCUCCAGCAAUCUCUUGCCCAUCUAGAAACACUCAGUCACACCUUUAUUGACCAUCUACGAAGUUUGGACCAGAAUGGUGUGCGGCAAUACUCCUAUUUAUAUGACCUGUCAAGGUCAGAGAAGGAAAAGCUGAGGGAUCUAGCAGUUACAAUGUGUUUAGAUGGACAGCCUGUAGACACCAUUCAGAAGUUACUGGAGGUAGCUGUGGGAGAUUCUGACCUCAGUCCAAAGGACAUUGUUCAGUGUUCAACGCAGAGAAUCAUUGCUGUGCUCAGCGGAGGGAGGUCAGAGUUGGGGGGGGGGGGGGAACCAUUAAAGGUCCUGGAGAGCAUAGUAAGAAAAGUUCACCUGAGCACAGAGAAAGGGGAAAGGCUGGUUUCCUCUGAUGACCUCUUGGAGUGGUUACGGCCGUUCUGCGGUGAUGAUUCUUUGCCGGUGAAGCCCAGGAUAGACGUGCUGCAGAUCCUUGAGAAGGCCUUUAACCUCAGCGAUGAGGACAGCAAGCUGCUUCUGUUUUUCAGAACUCAGACUGUUUUGAAGGCAUCAUGGGCUGAUAAAAAGGUGGAAGUGUCUGACAUUGAAAAUGAAGAGAAAAGAUAUCGCCUCUUUGUUGAGCUGCUGGACAUCAGUCACUCCCGCCAAGAGUUCCAGCACUUAGUUUUACUUCUACAAGCCUGGCCGCCAAUGAAAGGAGCAAGUGUCAUAACACAUAGUCCUUGGGUAAAACUGGUAAAGGCAAUGCUCUCCGGCUGUGAGGCUGAACACAGAGAAGAAACAGCAGCCGAAAUUCUGAAGUUGUGCCGCUCCUUCUACGGCUCCAGACAUGCUUUCUCCGCUGAGUGUGUUGAUGCGAUCUGUACACUGUUAUUAGAGCACUCAAUGCUGUUGACAUCUCUGAAGCUGUUUAUAGAGAGCCACGAUUCCACUCUACAAUCAAAGGCUUUGGAGCUUUUAUCUGCCAUUACCAAGGUCAAUGACUCCAACUGUGACUCUGAAAUCCUCUCCCUGUUGUUGGAUGCCAAGUUGAUGGUAAAAUGCAUAGGCACUGUCUACUACCCACAUCUGGUUAACCACUUACUGGCCAAGCAAGAAGAUGACCCAUGGGAUGUGGAGGAAAUCGCGAAACAGCUUCAUAGUUCUGGACACAAGGCAGAAGCUGGGUCCCUUCUAAUGUCUUACAGGGGGACACAUACCUCUCUCCGAACCUUCAGCUCUGCUCUCUCCAGUCUUAAACGCUGGUUAUAG